GGCACUCUGGGCAACGAACCACUGUUGCUUGCCUGGGGCACCCUCUGUGCCGGCAACAGAACUGUUAAGAAAUUCUCAUUUCCACAUUUCACAAGGCUAAAUAUUCUGAAAUUUGAUGCUGCUUUUAUUUAUUUUUGUUUUGUUAAUUAAACGUGAGGAAAUGUGGUAAUUUUGCAACCCCCUAGGCCCCAUUUCAACCCGGGAACAAAUGCUGAGACUCGCGUGGUGCCUUUUAGGGUCAGCGGCCCCGCAAAGCAAACGGGGAGCGCAGCUGAAGACUUUGACCGCUGCGUGGAAGAUCCGGAUCUCUCCUCCCUCCAAAGGGCAGCGGCUGCCACGCGCUGCUUUGUCCGGGCCCCGCUCAGUUUCCUGGGUUGGCGGGACAGCGCGGCGGGCGCUGUCGGUUUGCUGCAGAGGCGGGAGGGCCGCGUCUCCCGGGCUGGGCUGCUGCGGGACCCGCCGCGCCUGGCAGCCGGUGAUCUGCGCCUGGAGCUGCUUUACUCUCGGCAAAGGGAAGCGGAGUCUGCCUGCCUGCAGGGAGCGGCCGGGCCGGGCCGGCUCUGCGCGCGCCCCAUGGGCACCUCCGGCAAAGUUAUAAAAUGCAAGGCUGCCGUUGCCUGGGAAGUGGGUAAACCACUCUCUAUCGAGGAGGUAGAGGUUGCACCUCCGAAAGCUCAUGAAGUCCGUGUUAAGAUAGUGGCCACAGGGAUCUGUCGGACAGAUGACCAUGUUCUGAAAGGUUCUUUUCCAAAUAUAGAUUACCCAGUUAUUCCUGGCCACGAAGGAGCUGGGAUUGUGGAGAGUAUUGGUGAAGGAGUGACAUGUGUGAAACCAGGAGAAAAAGUCAUCCCUCUGUGUCUUCCCCAAUGUGGGGAAUGCAGCUCCUGUUUGAAUCCUGACACCAACUGUUGCCUGAAGACACACCUCUAUGAAUCCCAGAACCUCAUGCCGGACAAGACCAGCAGAUUCACCUGCAAAGGGAAAGCAAUUCACCAUUUCCUGUGGAUCAGCACCUUCUCAGAAUACACAGUUAUGCCUGAUUCUGCCAUUGCAAGAAUUGAUGAUGAUGCUCCUCUGGAUAAAGUCUGUCUGUUUGGCUGUGGAUUUUCUACCGGUUAUGGUGCUGCCAUCAAUACUGCCAAGGUUAAACCUGGUUCAACUUGUGCCAUCUUCGGUUUGGGAGGAGUUGGCCUCUCUGUUGUUAUUGGCUGUAAAUCAGCUGGUGCUUCCCGGAUCAUUGGGAUCGACAUCAACAAAGAUAAAUUUACCAAGGCUAGAGAGUUAGGAGCCACUGAGUGCAUCAACCCUCAGGACUUCAAGAAACCUAUUCAGGAGGUGCUGGUUGAGAUGACUGGCCAUGGUGUGGACUAUUCCUUUGAAGUCAUUGGCCACACAGAUACUAUGGUAGCUGCCCUGGCAUCCUGCCACAUGAACUCUGGCACCUGUGUGAUGGUUGGAGCACCUCCUUCAGGAUCACAGCUAUCCUUUGAUCCUAUGCUGCUGUUUACUGGACGUACCUGGAAAGGGAGUAUUAUUGGAGGUUGGAAGACUAAGGAUUCUAUCCCCAAAUUAGUGUCUGGUUAUAUGGAGAAGAAAUUUAAUCCAGAUGUGCUAAUAACACACACUUUACCAUUUGAUAAAAUCAAUGAAGGAUUUGAAUUGUUACAGUCAGGAAAGAGUAUCCGCACUGUCCUGCUGUUUUAGGAUCCGCCUGGGGGUUAUCAACAGCAUGACACAUCUCAUCCAAAAUCUCCUCAUAAAACAAAGUGUGGAAAGUCUUGGAUGAUUCUUUGCUACUAAUAGCUGAGUAAACUCCAUUGGUGAUUUCUUUAAAUCUUUUACCCUGUUGUCCCUUUCUGUGCUGAAUCCUCAUUGUUUAAUUAGUACAAUUAUAAGCAUAUGAAAUCUACAGUAUUUGACAUUUCCAACACCAAUGCCUUGGUUUUUUUUUUUAAUUAUUGUACUACCUUUAGGUCUUUGUCUAGCAUUUGGUGAGGUGUUAAUGAAUCCAGGAACAGGUAACUCCAGUGCAGCAGUUCUCAAACUAUGGGUCAGGGCCCCCAAAGUGGGGUAAUGACUGAGAAUGCCAACAACCAAACACUGAAUGCUUGAAUUGUUACCUCCAAUAGAUGACGUGUAACCAAGUCACAAAUAUUGCUCAUUUUGCAGUUUCAAAACUCUGAAAUCAAAACUCUGAAAUCAAAUGUAUUCCUGCUUGUUUAA